CUUCGAGGCUGCGUGCUGUGCUGUCUGUGCUUUGCCCUUUGAGGUGGCUUUUGUUAACCAGCUUGCACUGUUUUAUAAAAUAUCGCACAGUAUAGCUGAUGGCGGAUUUCAGUAGUUUUGAUAUGCCGUCAACCGGUUCGUCAGACAACGCGGAGGCGGCGGAACUUCAGCGUCUGAUCGCUGUGGAGCAACAGAGAGCCCAGUUUCAGGCUCAGGUGCACAACUUCACAGAUGUGUGUUGGGACAAAUGCAUGGAGAAGCCGAGCUCAAAACUGGACUCGCGUACUGAGGCGUGCCUCGUGAGCUGUGUGGAACGCUUCAUUGACACCACGCUGGCCAUCACCAACCGCUUCACACAGAUGGUGCAGAAGGGCACACACUGAACGUGCUGUGUUCAGUCGACCUCUCGAUGACAAAUUAGCAGCUUCUGCCUUGCUGGUGAAUAAGAAGGAAAGGUCUACAGCCAUAGUCUCAGACUGAAUCCUAAAUGACUCUUUAUUCCCUAUAGAUGUGCACUACUGAGGGGAUGAGAGAGUGACUUACCUGCAGUUUCGGCAUGCUAGUGCAUGUUGUUACUUUAGCACAAUUUAAUUUCUCUGCUUUAAUGUACCCAGGGACAAGUCUAGAAAUCCAGAGCCCCCUAAGAAAAUCUUACAUUGAACCCCUCUUCAGCAACGUUUAAAAAGUGCCAUUUUAACCAACUAAAAUUGAUUUAUUUCACAAUAACAAAACUUGUCAAAAUAUACUAGUGUGCUUGCUGCACAAAGCAGCGCGAAGCAUUGCCGUUAGCAUGCUAGGCAAAGCAUGUUAGAAUGUUAAUUGUUAGCAUGAUGGCUGUUAGCUUUUUAGCCUGUUAGCGCACUAGCUGUUAGCAUGUUAGCUGUUUCUAUGAGCAUGUUAGCCAGUGUUUGCAUGUUAGCUGUUCGCAUAAUAGCCUCCGCGCGUUAGAAUACUUACAAUUAACGUUAUCCGUUAGCAUGUUUACUGUUAACAUGCUAGCUGUUAGCACAGUUGCCAUUAGCAUAUUGACAUACUAGCUGUUGCAUGUUCAUGUUAGCAUUAGAAUGUUAGCAUGUUAACACGCUAGCUGUUAGCAUGCUCCCUAUUGCCAUGUUCGCCGUUAGAAUUUAAGCAUGUUAGCAUUUUAGCCUUAGCAUGUAAGUAUGAUAGCUGUUUUGCUACAGCUCAGCAAGCACACUUUGCGUUUCCUCUGCGGAAAUGCAGUCUGGUUUUUCACUAACACUGGUUAAGUUAACUAGCUAGCACAAUACAUGUGUUCUCUCGUCAUCCUCUAGGAACCUGAAAUCAUUUUAGGGCAUGAUUAGUCCCAAGCUGAUUAGAUAGUUAGUUAAUUUAGCACAGUGUUAACAAAUGCGAUCCCAAUAUUAAUUGGACUCAUCCAUCUUGAAGCAUUUAAAGAGUUUAGGGGGUUUUAAUCAACAAGUCACAAUGCUGCUGAUCCUCUAUGUAAUAUUCUGUACAUUUAAAUAUGGAGUCAUUUUGGAUUUAGCCUCAGUGUUUGAGGUCGCAACACAUCUCAUAUCUUCACUUGUACGUUGUAUCUACAGGAGAAUAACUAGGGACUAUUCCCAGUGAACUCUGUGAUUUAGAGUAAGAGUUUCAUUUGUGAUCCUCUCACCAUAUCAUUAUUUCCAAGCUGCUAUUGUCCUUGCAGACCCUUGGACUUUUAUUUGAACUCAUGAUCCGAGUAUGGUUACGAUGAUCAGAUAUAAAAGUUAGCUCACUGAUUGCCUGGAUUAACUGUCAAGUCUGUGAAUUUCAGGCUUAUUUUUGAAGUUCAAGAUGUUUCUGUAUUUGUAACAGCUGUGGUGUGGGUCUCAUAGGUUUCUCAUUCUGACAAAUGUCACAAGAAAUCUACAUCAAUUAAAUAUUUGUAACUCUA